UUACACUGUUGACGCUUGCUCAUGAGCGGACUGCGAACAUGAUCGGAAACUCCUACAGCUUACCGAAACGAAAAUGCGAAAUAGAUCAGUUAUUUUAAAUUGUGCAGUCUUGCGGCAUUAAUGGCUAGAAAACAAUGAUGCGGCUAAACUUAUUGUGGCGGAGAACAGCACUUUGUUUUAUGCAGAUAUUUAGCGGGUUGUCGUUAACCACGCAUAUCGUGAUUGUUACAUGUCAAAUGAACCUGGAAAACCACAAUGCCAUCUUGAAUUUUACUUCUUUUGGCAGUGGGAGUUCAGAAGGAAAUCGCUCGCAACUUUACGAGGAUCAGACAUUAGGUGCGGUCAAAGAAAUCGCUGAGUUUAACGGUAGGGUGGGAUCUGCGCAGUCUGCUAACGAUACUCUUUUGGACGCUCCGUCCUCACGGAACGGAAGUCUGAACGCGACGGAUUCUGGUGUCGUAAACAAUACGACGGUAUACAACAUUAACAAUACCAUCGCGUCGACUAUGGCGCCAACUUCCGCUACCACAACUGUGUCCACAACGACCACAACCAGCCCACCGAUUCGACAAGUUUACUAUGGUUUCGCCAACUGCACAUGCGAUCUCGUGGACCAACAUGUGCGACACGGAUUGCUGUUGCGAUAGUGACUGCAGUAACGCCGACCUGAAGUAUUUUACGUCCUGCAACGAGAAUUUCCCUCCUGGCACGUCUCCGUAUCAGAGUGAAUCGUGCUUUGCGAGUAACUGGCUGAUGCGCAAUGCAUCUUCCGCUCGGACAUACUACCAAACACCGAGCACUUUGUGCCUUGUGUAUGACAACAAUCCACAGCGCCUUUUUUACUCCACAUCAACAAAUGCUGUCGAUGUAACCGCAUUCAACAACGCAAAACGUGACACCGGCAACAACGCCAAUAUUAUUUCUCAAUCCACCGGGGCAUCGGAAUUUCAGGAGAUAGCGGAUCUUGGGAGCCGAACGCCGCUUAUUUAUCGCUCUGGCGAUCCUGUUUUCAUUUUGGAUGGAGAAGAUAUGGGUAAUUUGGAUAAACUGCGCAUCCCGGCAUCUACCGGCUUUUCCACCACGUGUUCGGCGUUGUCGACAAUAAAGUUCAUGAAAGACACAGACGGCGCUUGUUGGCGCACAUUCUCCGAUUUAUCCUCAGAAUGCUCCAGCAACCCGUUUCUCAACAUCAGCACAUAUCUCAAGGCGGUAGUGAUAACCAACCCACCGGAAGCGUUUGCUAUGGUCAAUCGCAGCACCGGUUCCUUCACACCGUUCCGGCUGGAUCCGAGUGUGCUGCUGACCCUGUAUGCACCCAUCCAGUUGAUGGCUAUUCAACGUCGUGAUAUGGACGGCACACACCAGGCGUUUGCCUUUGAUCCCCAUCAGCUGGAACCUUUCAGUCCGGCGUACGCGGCCGACACGGACACAUGUGCGAACGCUGUGACCAACGUGGAAUACACCAUACGGCACAAUGCAUCGUCCAUUACUGCAGCGGAGGUCACGGUCACAUUGGCCACGAUCAAUGCGUCCGAUAAUGGGUUUGCGCAGAGUUUUCGGAUCCGAUUUAGUUCGGUUGCGAACCUGUCAGGCAAAACUCCUAUAAAACGCAGCGGAAAUCCAGGAUAUCUGGACGGUACACCGGUAUUGGUGGCGUACCGAAACGAACAGAACACUGUUAUUCUGUCCACGCUGAAGAUUCCCCGUUUCAGUGCCUCCAGCGAGUGCGGAGAUCAUGGAAAUGAUGUGGUAUUCGGAGAAAAUGUUCAGAUGUCAUGUUUGUUGUACGUUAACAUUUCCGAUCCGUCGGAAGCGUGUCAAAGGUUACAAUCGCAAAUCGUGGACGCUAUGAAAGUGGACAGCGACUGGCCGUUUGCUGUCUCUGGUUACGGAAAUGCCACAGAGUAUGAUGUUAACCAAAUAAACUGGACGCCGGUGCAGAUGGUCGACGAAACUGAUGCGACCAACACACACACUAAAUUUUUGGCUCCAAAUGCUUGCAAAAAUAUCGCAACCGGAUUAAGCAUUGAGAUAUUGUAUUCAAAAGUGGGAUUUUUGGAAAAUCCGCAGCCUAAAAUUACGGGACUGUUGUACCGGUUGGAAAACGUUCGGGACAUUAAAUUAGAGGCACCGCUCUAUCAAACUGCAUCUCGAAACGGAUUGAUAUCGUUGGAAAUUCAAUUUUCGGCGACCUUUAGAGAUCUCACACAGGAAGCAGUCGAUUUACAGAAAGUUCAGCAGCCUUCCUAUAGACUCCUACCGUAUGAUUUCCUGUCGCCGUUUUAAGCUUGACUUGUAGUCUUUUUUUGUGAUAUUACGUUCGAAGUGUGCUCAGUUGGAGUGACUUUUGACGUUUUGACUUAUUACGCCGCAGGUUGCUGUAUAUUUCUGUCAUCGAGUAAAAAGGAACUGAAAUUUCGCUAAAGCGACACCUCGUGGCGGUUGUGUUUGCGGUAAUUGACUGAUUACGCAGCCGCUAAAGAGCCUGUUGUGCAAACAUUGCUUUUACCAUGCUUAAUUGCU